ACGCACGCACGUCGAGGUGCUGCUGCCGGGAGCUGAGGAGGCUGCGGCGUUGGUCUGCGGCGGUUGCUUUGGCGGCGGCCUUCCUGCGGCCGGAGGUUGGAGAGAAAUCCAGGUACUCAGUUGACUGGCCCUUUCUGCUGCCAUGGGGGAGCUUUUCCGGAGUGAGGAGAUGACCCUGGCCCAGCUUUUUCUACAGUCAGAAGCUGCUUAUUGUUGUGUCAGUGAAUUAGGAGAACUCGGAAAGGUUCAGUUUCGUGAUUUAAAUCCAGAUGUGAACGUUUUCCAGCGGAAAUUUGUGAAUGAAGUUAGAAGAUGUGAAGAAAUGGAUCGAAAGCUUCGAUUUGUUGAGAAAGAGAUAAGGAAAGCCAAUAUCCCAAUUAUGGACACUGGCGAAAACCCGGAGGUGCCCUUCCCCCGGGACAUGAUUGACUUAGAGGCCAAUUUUGAGAAGAUUGAAAAUGAACUGAAGGAAAUCAACACAAACCAGGAAGCUCUGAAGAGAAAUUUCUUGGAACUGACUGAAUUAAAAUUUAUACUUCGCAAAACUCAGCAGUUUUUCGAUGAGGCUGAAUUGCAUCAUCAGCAGAUGGCGGAUCCAGACCUGUUGGAAGAAUCCUCAUCCCUCUUGGAGCCAAGUGAGAUGGGAAGAGGCACGCCUUUAAGACUUGGCUUCGUGGCUGGUGUGAUUAACCGGGAGCGCAUCCCUACUUUUGAGCGCAUGCUUUGGCGGGUGUGCCGGGGGAAUGUGUUCCUGCGGCAGGCUGAAAUCGAGAACCCCCUGGAGGAUCCUGUGACUGGAGACUACGUGCACAAGUCUGUGUUCAUCAUUUUCUUCCAAGGCGAUCAGCUGAAAAACAGAGUCAAGAAAAUCUGUGAAGGGUUCCGGGCCUCAAUCUAUCCCUGUCCUGAGACGCCACAGGAGAGGAAGGAGAUGGCUUCUGGGGUUAAUACCAGGAUUGACGAUCUCCAAAUGGUUCUGAAUCAAACGGAGGAUCACCGCCAGAGGGUUCUGCAGGCAGCUGCUAAGAACAUCCGUGUCUGGUUCAUCAAAGUGCGGAAGAUGAAGGCCAUUUACCACACUUUGAACCUGUGCAAUAUAGACGUGACCCAGAAGUGCCUGAUUGCGGAGGUCUGGUGCCCUGUCACUGACCUUGACUCCAUCCAGUUUGCGCUCAGAAGGGGCACGGAACACAGUGGCUCCACCGUGCCCUCCAUCCUGAACAGGAUGCAGACAAACCAGACUCCCCCAACCUAUAACAAAACCAACAAGUUCACAUGUGGCUUUCAGAACAUAGUGGAUGCUUAUGGAAUUGGAACUUACCGAGAGAUAAAUCCAGCUCCAUAUACGAUCAUCACUUUCCCUUUCCUAUUUGCUGUGAUGUUUGGGGACUUUGGCCACGGCAUUUUGAUGACCCUUUUUGCUGUAUGGAUGGUGUUAAGGGAGAGCCGGAUCCUCUCCCAGAAGAAUGAGAAUGAGAUGUUUAGCACUGUGUUCAGCGGACGGUACAUUAUUCUGCUGAUGGGUGUGUUCUCCAUCUACACGGGCCUCAUCUACAAUGAUUGCUUUUCCAAGUCUCUUAAUAUCUUCGGGUCAUCCUGGAGUGUGCGGCCAAUGUUUACUUUAUACAAUUGGACGGAAGAGACGGUUCGGGGAAACCCUGUCCUCCAGCUGAACCCAGCUGUCCAUGGAGUUUUCGGUGGACCAUAUCCUUUUGGCAUCGAUCCAAUUUGGAACAUUGCUACCAAUAAACUGACCUUCCUCAACUCCUUUAAGAUGAAGAUGUCUGUUAUCCUUGGUAUCAUCCACAUGAUGUUUGGAGUCAGCCUGAGCCUUUUCAACCAUACCUAUUUCAAGAAGCCACUGAAUAUCUACUUUGGAUUUAUUCCGGAAAUAAUCUUCAUGACCUCUUUGUUUGGCUACUUGGUUAUCCUUAUUUUUUACAAGUGGACAGCCUAUGAUGCUCACACAUCUGAGAAAGCACCAAGUCUUCUGAUCCAUUUCAUAAACAUGUUCCUCUUUUCCUAUGGGGACUCUGGUAAUUCGAUGCUGUAUUCUGGACAGAAAGGAAUUCAGUGUUUCCUGGUAGUGCUUGCGCUGCUGUGUGUCCCUUGGAUGCUGCUGUUUAAACCACUGGUCCUUCGCCAUCAAUAUUUGAGGAGGAAGCAUUUGGGAACUCUCAACUUUGGUGGGAUCAGGGUGGGCAACGGACCGACAGAGGAGGAUGCUGAGAUUAUUCAGCAUGACCAGCUCUCCACCCAUUCAGAGGACGCAGAGGAGUUUGAUUUUGGGGACACCAUGGUCCACCAGGCCAUCCACACCAUUGAGUACUGCCUGGGCUGCAUCUCCAACACCGCCUCCUACCUGCGGCUCUGGGCCCUCAGCCUCGCUCAUGCACAGCUGUCUGAGGUGCUUUGGACCAUGGUGAUCCACAUCGGCCUGAGCGUGAAGAGCUUGGCGGGAAGUUUGGCGCUGUUCUUCAUCUUCGCCGCCUUCGCCACCCUGACUGUGGCCAUCCUCCUGAUCAUGGAGGGCCUCUCAGCCUUCCUCCACGCACUGCGGUUACACUGAAAAGGCAAAGGCAGGGGUAUGAUUUGUGGUUUUCACUGUGGACACCGGACUGCUAUUAGCAGAAAGACCGUCGCCCCAUGGCCCGCCUUCACAGCAACCUCAUCCCUUCCUAGCUAACGGAUUCCACAUGAACACUCACAGACUGGGGGCUAAAGGGACAGAUUUGGGGACCAGUUUGUUGUAAGGAAUUCAGUGGCGCCACAGCAGGACCCCGCGGGGUGGCUGCCCAGGAGAACGAGAACACCUGAAGUGUGACCUCAUGGCCUCGGCACUGCUUGGAGAGGGACAGAACCAUCUUUCUAGAACUGCCUCCCCUCGGUCACAUCCCCACAGGCAAGGGAGGAGGCCCAGGCUUUCCCCUUCAUUCACUUGAGAAGACAUGGUUUCUGUCGUGGGGCAGGAGCACUCUCUCUCUGGACUCCCAGUUAGUCCUUCUGGGCCACUGGGUUGCCUUUUCCAGGUGCGGGAGCUGGCGGGGGUGACAGAGAACCCCCUCUGACUGCCAGAGGCUCUCCUCACAUCUGCUGAAUCCUGAGAUGCGUUUUAGUGGCCUGGGGCGUGGCGGGGUCCAUGGAGGUGCCCCGAGCAGAGCCCCUCAAGAAGGAAGAACUUGCAGGGCAGCCAGUGGGGCCCCGCUGUGCCCCGGCCCAGAGAACUUUGUGUUUAUCCUUUCUCAGGAAGCACCCAGCUCCCGGCUGGGAGGGAGGAGAGGGCGGGGAGACCAACAGGGAAACUGCUUCCAACUUUGCGCCGGGAGGGUGAGGUGAGCACGGCUGAGAAGGGAGGCGAAGUCAGGCUGACGCUGAGAUACCCAAGAUGUCCCUGGUGGGGGCCACCCUAAGUCACCUCAAGCAGCAGCUGGUGGGCAAGGUGGUGUCAGGUGGUGUGUCCGAGGGAGCGCCCAUCUGCCCACACAGCAGAACUUAUGUGCCCCCGUCCCAGGCGUGUGUCCCCUGAUGUAGAUGAGGCAGGCAGGGUGAUGCCAAGCGAAGGGUGGUGGUCCCUCAGGCGUCUGAGAACGUCUGCAGCUUCUCCAUUCACCCAGUCUGGAGUUGGAAUUGUUUGUGUGAUGAGCCAGCCAGAGGUCAGAGUUCCAGAUACCUCACAGACCCCAAGGUGAGUUGCCCACUGUCUGGCUGUACGCUGUUGAGCGGAGUGAAAUACCAUUGCCGUGUGCAGACACAGCGUACCCAGCGUGGAGGAUUCAGUCGUCACAGCAGUGGGCAGGAAGCAGGAACCUGCCCCCAUCCCCACCGCAUUCCCCCAGAGGAGGCCUCAGGAGCUGGGCCCUCUUCUCCAGGUGUUGGGGCUCAGGGCUGAGUCCUGUGACUGACUGCAGUUUGAAAUACCCUCUCCUGGAUCGCAUUUACUCUGAGGGAGGCUUGGCCGAGACACUGAUGGGAAUCCUCCAGGGGCCGGGAGGCUUUGGGGGCCUUGGUGUGGCCCCCAGAAUGUAGGGUCGGGGAGAAGGCUGCCUGUUCUUACGCCCGCACAGAAAAUUCUGUUCCCCUCUUCUCCCCAGCGGGUGGAGCUGGCCGCUCUGCAGUCAGCUCCUCAGCCAGCGCCCCAGGGCUGAAGGGGCCUCUGAGGACAUCUCGGGGCUACCAGCAGACAGUCCUCUUCCCACUCCCUUUUCCCUGAUUCCUCCCUUAUCUCGGAGGGAGGCCGCCCUGGCUGAAGACUGAGUGAGGGGCAUGAAGGUGGAGAGCGUCUUGGCGCCCUGCUGUGCAGUCACAGUCAAACUGCUGCCUGCGGCCUGCCCCAGGGAUCUGGGGCCCCCAGAGUCACACAGCACUGAGUGGAAACUAUUCCUCAGGGCAGCUCUCCUUGGCUUUCUUAUCCUCUGAAUCAUGCAUUUUUCUGCCCAUAUUUGGUGGUGAUUUGGUUGCUGGGCAGACAUCCAGGACGAAGUCGCAGCCUGGCUCUGCAUACAGGCGUGUGCUCCUUCCUGCCCCCUCAGAGUUUGAAGGGCCCAGGGAGACCAUCGGGGAUGGAUGCUGGGCUGCCGGGGAAGGGAGCUAGAGCUGUUUUUCCUUUCAGUCCCCAAGAGAAGAAUUCUUUCUUGGAUGCUUUUGUAGUUGGAGGAUGUUUUUGCCGUUGCUUUGAGAAGACUUCCCCUCCUAACUUCCCCCUUUCCUGGGAAUUUCCUCCCCUAAGUCGAAAGCCUCCACUGUUCACUAGCAACCCUCCCUUCUCCUUCCUCCCCCAAGAAGAGAAAUAAACAAGAAAACAGUGGCGCCUGCCAGGGUUCCUUGCGCUGAGCUGGUGGCUACUCACAAGCUUCCCUUGGAGGUCCGCUGUGGGCCCUGCCAGGAAGGGGGUGUUGGGGGGACUCUUUUUCAUCUUUAGAGGCUCAGGCCAGCUGAACGUUUUUUGCGCAUGGCCCUCUGCAGAGAGUUUUGCAUAAACACACUCUCCGCUGAGCAGGACGGAGCAGGAACUGAAGCCAAACCAGCGCACUGGUGUGCACUCUUGCCGAGGGCAGGCCCUGGGCGUCACGAGUAGGAGGUUGUGUUAGGAUUAGGGUUGUGUGUGCCAUGAGCAGGCCAAGGUCUGGGCUUUGUGGGCGGCAGGAGGCUCGGGGAGCUUGGGGUUGGGUCAUCUUUCUGGCCCAACUGUGGAGUCCCAAAAGGUUUCUGUGGAAUGAUGAGUCUCCUCUUCUCUUUCUCCAGGGUGGAAUUCCAGAAUAAAUUCUACAGCGGGACGGGUUUCAAGUUCCUACCCUUCUCCUUCGAGCACAUCCGAGAAGGGAAGCUUGACGAAUAAGCCCCUCGGGGGCUGUGCGCCCUCUGCCCUCCCCACUCCCUCCACAGUGAUUAGCUGUGCUCCGCUUGCCGUUGGUUGUGAUCCCUGGGUAUCAGGGCAUCUGAGUCAUCCCUGCCACCCUUCCCCCAGCCACCUGUGAGUCAUUUAGAUAGACCCAGCCCUUCCUGGGUCCCCUGCCACCUCCAGCUUUGUGUGUUGUAGUGCAGUGAUUUUUCUGGAGAGAAGCGGGCCCGAGCGGUCACUCAAACGCACUCCCACUGGGCACCCUCCUUGCCCUUCCAGCCUCUGUCCAGCCCUUCCUCUGCCCCCUGGUGGUGAAGCCAUUUGUGCAUUUACACAGGAGCCCAGAGCGCUUGGAGGGAGCGCCUUCGCUGUCCGCACCCUCCUUCCUGGUUGGGGAUGGGGUGCUCUUGAACACUCCCCACUCUUGGAUUAGCGGGGGUGGGUCCAGGAAGGUGGUGUUUCUGUCCUCUGCCCAUCCCCUCUGGUCUUCGAUGUGCUCGUUAAUCAGGAAUUCAGCUGGACCCAACUGUGCCAGCGUGCGUGGCUUCUCCCUGGCAGCCCCAAGGGCCCCUGGAUACCCUGCACCACCUUCCUGACCCCCACCCUAAACUCACACCCUUUCCUCCUCCUUCCCAGAAUGCCCCUUUAGCACCCAGCAUAACAUACACAGCAGGGUGGACCCAAAGCAGAGGUCCUGGCUGGCUCCUCUGGUGGCUGCUUCUCAGGCCAUGCGUGGGCCACAAGCACGCCCUCGGGGCAGAGGGUCCAAGUCCAUGCUCUUUCCUGGUGCAGACCCGGAGACCUUUCCCCACCCCCAAUCACGAGUCUUGAGUGCAGAACUGUAGUCAUCAGGGCUGGUUCUGCCUGCAGACCUGCCUUGCUCUGCCCACCGGCGCCCCUCCCCACUUCCACACCGACCCCAAGUGGAGCAAGUGGGUCCUGGGCAGGGAAAGUCAAUGUCAUUUACCAUUUGCUGAUUGGAGGCAGCUGGUAGGGCCACCAGUGUGUGCAGUUGUGAGAGCUGCAUGGCCCUGCCCUGUCAGGGCUGGUGGGGAGCGCCCCCAAAGGGCCACCGCCCCUGUCGCCCCCACGCCAGGACAUAGAUCUUGGGGCCUUUUAAUCAUGCGUUGGCACAGCAGCCCUGGCUGCCUCAGCUAAAUCGAUCCCCGUGCCUUCAGUGAGCAAGAGGACCCCCCUCAAUUGGCCGGCCCCUUCCCACCCCACCCCUACUCCCUGCUUGUCUGGGAGCUGCUUAGCGCUGCUCACUGGACUCUCCCAGGCUGGGCCGCCCGCCCCAGCUUCACCGUGCAGUAGCCAGUGUGACCCGACCCAGCCCUUGUGCAGAGCCCCCUUCCUUCUGGUCCCUGUGGUUUACAUGAUGAUCUUUGCUCUGUUUACGGCGGGGGUUUGAAGCAGAGUUCUUUAUCAGGAACCCUGCCCAAGGCCCUUCUGUUCAGACAUUCCUGUGCGGAAUAAAGUGUGUUUGACUCUGUCA